GUGAAAACUGUGCGGAACGAUUGGAAAAGAUGUCCGAGCAAGCGGACCAAGCAGGAUUGCCUCCCGGGUGGGACUGCAAAUAUGAUGCAAGAACGGGUCGCUACUACUACGUGAACCUGUUCACGAAAACCACCCAGUGGGAGGACCCUCGGGCCAGGAUUCGUCAGCUGCAAACUGGAGCACCGCUGCACAUCUCGAACGACAGCAUUGCCAUGCAGCCCAUGCAUGGUUCUCCCUAUCAUGUGUAUCCUGCAAGUAACUCGUUCUACCCAGCUCAGGCCGCCUUCCAGAAUCCGCCCUCCGGUGUGCCUAGCCUUACCGCUAGCCCGAACUUUGCCCAAAGGCUGCACCAGCAACAGCUCCAGCAAAAUCACCACAUCGAAAUGACGCCGAUGGCACGGUCCAGCCCGCGGAUGGGCCUGGGACGGCAGGGCAUGCUGGAGACCACGUUCAGCACGAACGUAACGGCGGCGGAAACCGAUCUGACGGUGGCCAAAAUUAACUCCAUGUUUCCCACCGUACCGGAAACCCACAUCCGGAUGCUGCUGAAGAAGUACUACAACCGGGAGGCCGUCGUCAUUAGUGCGCUACAGGUGGAGAAGCAUCCACUGACCACGCCCGGACCGUACACGCCACCGUUGGGCCACCGACCGUUCCACAAUACCGCCAUGGGCGUCGUGUCCGCGUUCCAGAUGACCCCGGUUCUAGGCGGACGCAGCGACCUGUCGAGCUCGCGGACCGGAAGCCCGGUGCCGCGCCCUGCCAGCGGGGCCAGCGGCAGCUACGGAUACGGGUCGCCGCGCAACUGCCCGUCGGCCGAGGGUUACCGCAGCUCGCCGAAACCGCACUCCUCGCCCAAGAUGAAGCUGAGAUACAUGAAGAGCAUUUUCCCCAAGGCGGAAGAAACUCUGAUCCUGGAUGUGCUGGCCAACGCGGACAAUAACGUCCAGUCCGCCUCGCAGCAGCUGCUCAAGAUGGGCUACGACAAGCGGGAGCAACCGGUCCCACAGCGCGGCUCGUCACGCAAGGGCACUGGCACGUCGCAGGGGGCCGACGACGAGCGCAAGGAGGAACCGAAAACGCCGACACCGAAGCUACGAUCACCGGAGGAGAAGAAGAAAAUCAAGGCACGGCUGCAGACUAAAUACAAGGACACCCCGGAGAAGAUCAUCCUGAUGGCGCUCGAGAGUGUCGACUACUCGGAAGAUCGUGCCAAAAAGAUCCUCAACAUUGUCAUCCAGGAGGAUCGCGAGAAGAAGAAGAGUGUCAAGAUCGAGACCCCCCGGAAGUCGCUCGACGAGGACAAGGAGAACGCCCGCACGGCCGGUAGCGGUGUGCCCAGUCGCAGCAAUAGCACCACUUCCUCGCAACCGCGCACACCGCUGGCCAAGCGAGCGCACGAUGGACCGCCGGCCAGCACCGCCAUGGAAGACGCCAUCAAGACACCAGGAGUAGCAGGACCUAGCACCGGGGCAGGAUCACAGGAAUCGACGAUCGAGGGCCUCAUCGAGCAGGAAGCGGACGCAAACGGAGGCGAGGUGCUGUGCGCCGAUCACACCGAUCAGCCGGACUCGACGACCGCCAGUGCGAAAAGUUCGCCGGAAUCGCCGGGCGGUCCGCGCGCCAGCGCAGCCCCACUCGUCGCCAGUGGUGGUGGACCCAAGCAGAGCCGCCCGAAAGCCAAAACCGAUCACGCAAAGUAUUCUAUUUUUAGAAGCUCUUCCUCGGAAGACGAAUCCGGAGACCUGACACAGGGCAGCCCGAUGGCGGACAGCCCGCAACAAAUGGCACGCACCGCACCCAAGGGCCCCAACGUGAAGCUGUUCAAGGGUCCGAACGAUGAUCUGCUGCUGGCCGAUUACGUGACGUGGAACGGAGCGAAUCCCGAUCUGGCGAAGGGCACCCAGUGCAAGGUGGGCUCCGGCGGAAUGGCGGACCGGUCGGUUCGGGCGGAGCGCACGUACAAAGCGCACGGCCCGAACGGGGAGCUCUGCAAGGGGCCGGUCGCUUCGCUGGCUAAGGGUAGCAUGUACGCGCCGAUGGUGAACGAUGUGAAGUGCAACUAGUCGCCAACGUCCUAAGAUGCGCCCUCCGGGAAGGAUAUCUUCGCGCCGGCGCCGGUGCUUGGCAUCACCAUCUAAUCUCCCAUCCAGAGUCCAUCCAGAGUUUGUGUGUGAUGUUUUGUGUAAACCGACGAGUGGGUGCCCUACGAUUAACGUUAAUGUAAGCGCCGGUCCGCCACGCGAACGAGGAACUAUUGGGUUUGGUACGAGUUUUUUUAUAAAACAUUCAAAAACAUUAUCAACGCCGCAACGCGUUGCUCAAUGUUAAGUUAAAAAUGGCACUAACUUUUUUAAGUAUCAGACAUCUAGAUUUAUUGUCCGACAAACUACUUACGUUUUGUACUUCCGGAACGUGGCCCACUAAAUAUUAUCCACUAAGCAGUAUGCAAACGGGGAAAGCGCGCCAUCGGAGCGUUGGAAAAGAAGCCAUUAAAUAUAACCAUUCAAAUGAGACACAUUCGAAGGCCAGUUACUAUUCAUCGGGCGGUUUGUAGCCCCCAUGGCCAGCUAAUAUUUAGGAUACUUAGAAACAUUACUAUACACUCGGCACUCGUUACUCGCUAAAUAUUGAACCUAAGCGUGAAGGGCGGAAACUCGUGGAAGGAAAGAUGGAAUAUUUUUGUAGCAAUUUAACAACGGAAGCGAAACGGAUAGCGACCCCUUCUGCACGUUACAGCAUGCCAUAGCCAAGAGCGCAGACGUAAAUUAUCGCAGUUUAAAUCGUUCGAUAGAUUGUUCAUCAGAUGCAGUUAGCUAGUUCUUUCCCAUCCAGUGAACACCCUAGGGGAGUAGUGGACCGGGUAGAGGCGACAGUAUUAAACAUGCCUUGCGCUUUCAGCACAGCGAAACAUCCAACCUGCAUUCCGUCAAUCAUCGUAGGUUUUUGGUAGUGCAACAGUGCUCGUCGGAUGUACAAAAUGGAAGCGGCCGCUGUACAAACUAUGUUUAAAGCCGCCACAUUCGUUAGCUCACCUCGUCGUCGAAGCGCAAACUUAGUGUGAACCGAGCAUAAAUCGAUUGACAGCGUUCCUUGUGUGACAAAUGUACCUUAAGAGCGUAGACGGCAAACAACUGCAAACCAUUCGUCCUUUUUGCAAAAAUCCUGACAGCCAUUUGCAUCGGGUCCGGUAGCGGUAGCGUAUUUAACACUCUUUCUCUAAUGUUCAAUGUGUAAACACGGUGUGUGUGUAGCCAAACGAGUAUCUAGCGGGGUACGAAUAUUCUUC